ACAUACGCCAUAUCUUUUACUUUCUCUUCUUUCUUUUUUUCUCUUCCAGAAUUCCAACUAAUAAAUUUUCUGUUUGUUUCUUCAAAAAUACAUUGUUGGUUUAUAUUCAUUCCGUCGAGUAAGAGUAUCCAUUUUUUCAUUUUUUUAUAUAUAUUUUUACAUAAAAUUCGGUCCCACGGUAAUCCUAAUAUAUCGAUUCUCUACCGCAUAACUCUGGAAUUCUUAUCCGGAAAAGCCCUAAAUUUCUGAACUAUCAAACAGAUAGAAUAGAUAGAUAGAUAGAUAAAAUAAUCCUAUUUGUCUUCUUCUUCUUCUGCUUCUUCCAUAUCUAAAUCUCUUCAUUUCAAUUAUUAUUCUUUCUAAACUCUUAUCCUGAACUAGGGUUUCAUAGUCCUGUAUCGAUAGUAUUUGUCCCUCUUCUUCUUUUCUCUUGAAACCCUCGAAUCAUCGUUUGUUUAUUGUCUAUCUUUCCGAUUGAAUCGAGGGUUUUUCUUUUUCUUUUCGUUUUCUUUUUUCAUCCUUCAUUUAAAAUUUAGAAAAUAUAUAAAAAUUCUAUCGUUUUGAAAGAGCUGAAUGGCGUUGGUAUCAGCUUUGUUUGAGGUAUUGAAAGGCCCUACAACUGGUAAUGUAUUUACAGAGUUAUUAUUAUUUCUGGGUCCUUUAUGGAUUGCAGUUUUAGUUGGGGUUGUAGUUGGAUGGGCAUGGAAACCUAAAUGGGCCAAUUUGGGAAAAGAUAAAUUGGAUUAUACAAUGUCUAAAGCUUCAUCAUUAUCUGUGGGUUUUAUAUCUUCUCCGCCAUCUUUGAAUUUUGGUUCAAUGCCUUGUUUUAAUUCAAUGAAAGCUCAAUUGCCAAGUUACAUUCCUUGGAUUUCUGAUUACGGAGCUGACAAAGGAAAAGACUUAGAUGCACCAAUUACCAGUUCUGAUUGCAGUUCUUCAGAGAUCAAAAAAGAAAAACCACUGGCUCUGACAGGAGAGGAUCUCGACUAUUUAUCCCAACUCGUUGAGGUUACUGAUGGAGGUCCUGCUUGGAUUCAAAUGAUGGAUCGAUCUACCCAAACUAUGAGCUAUCAAGCUUGGCGGAGGGAUCGCGAGACUGGACCUCCACAAUACCGUAGCAGGACUGUCUUUGAAGAUGCUACCCCAGAGACAGUAAGGGACUUCUUUUGGGAUGAUGAUUUCCGCCAAACAGCCAAGUGGGAUGACAUGCUUAUACAUUCAAAAAUAUUAGAGGAGUGCCCCAAAACAGGAACAAUGCUAGUACAAUGGAUACGGAAGUUUCCCUUCUUCUGUAGUGACAGAGAAUACAUAAUAGGUCGCCGAAUUUGGGAAUCAGGAAGAGUAUAUUACUGUGUUACUAAGGGAGUACCUUGCACUUACAUGCCAAGACAUAACAAGCCCCGACGUGUUGAUCUGUACUAUUCUAGCUGGUGCAUUAAAGCAGUUGAGUCAAAGAGAGGAAAUGGGAUGACAGCUUGUGAGGUGCUACUCUUUCAUUACGAAGACAUGGGUAUUCCAUGGGAAAUUGCAAAACUUGGUGUUCGUCAAGGAAUGUGGGGAGCCGUAAAGAAGAUUGAGCCUGGUCUACGUGCUUAUCAGAAGGCAAGAUUAUCGGGAGAGCCGAUCUCUAAGUGUGCUUACAUGGCCCAAAUCAACACAAAGGUAAAAGCGGAUCACCUGAAUUCCUUGGAAAAUCGAAAGAAAGAAUCUUUGGAAAUUGAAACCCUGAGUCCGUCCGACGAGAAAAAACCACUUGGGAGGAACCUUCCCAAGCUCUUAUUUGUCGGCGGGGCAGUUGUCCUUGCGUGUAGUCUAGACAGAGGACUGUUGACAAAGGCAGUUAUUUUUGGUGUUGCAAGGAGAUUUGGAAGGAUAGGGAGGAGAAUGUGAUGAUUCAUUCUAAGAAGUGUAAACACUGUAUAAUUUAAAUUUUUUGGGGAAGGACUAACUUCUUUAGUGAGUGAGCUUCACAAUACAAUGCUAGAUUUGUUUGCCUCCUCUAAUAAGAUGAGAGGUUGUAUCUGUAGAUCUCCUUUUUCGCGUUAUGAAAACUGUUCCGCGGAUAAGUAGAGAAAGGAGAUUUAUACAAGUUGUAAUUCAGUAGAGGAUUAGAAAAGAUCUCAUCAUCAAAGCUAAUGAUUUCACUGUGCAGGUACAAA